GUUGGCGCGAAUAAAACAUAGAAAUACACGCACAUACGGUUAUGCGUAUGUGAUUGAAAGUUUUUCUAGCUUAUUAAUAAACACGUUAAAGGUAGAAUAUGGCAACAGGACUACUUUUUGAAGAUAUAUUCGACAUUAAGGAUGUAGAUCCAGAGGGUAAGAAGUUCGACCGUGUUUCACGUUUACAUUGUGAUAGCGAGUCGUUCAAAAUGGAACUCAUUCUCGACAUCAACACACAGCUGUACCCAGUUGAGCUAGGUGACAAGUUCCGGCUUGUACUGGCAACUACACUCAGUGAAGAUGGCACUCCUGCUGAUGGAGAGUUCAAUCCUCUUUGGGAGAAAAAUCCAACCAGGGCCGACCAGUUCGAAUACGUCAUGUAUGGAAAGGUUUAUCGAAUAGAGGGUGAAGAAAGUGUUGGAGAUGUUGCUUCCAAAUUAUCCGCCUACGUUUCAUUUGGCGGUUUACUGAUGCGGCUUCAGGGAGAUGCAAACAAUUUGCAUGGUAUGACAGUUGACCAAAACUUAUAUUUGUUGCUAAAGAAACUUGCAUUUUGAUGAAUAUUUGUGAUACUGAUAUGCUCAUGCUGUUAUCACAAAGUGUUGGAAGGGGCUCUGAAGAGAUUGCUCAAAAGCAGUUGUGUGAACAUUAGUUAUGAUUCCUGAUGAUAAUCAAGCUGCCACAUUGUUUUUGAUAACAGUCAUUGUUCAUUUUACGCCUUUUAUUACAUGUGCACCUUUAAUUGCAUUAAAGCAAUCAAAUUAUAAAA